AGCAGAAAAGCCCGGGAGCGGCGCCCCUCGCGCGCACUCCGGCCCCGCGGCGGGGGGACGCCAUGCGUGGGGCAGCGGGGUAGCGCGGGGUGUCGCGCGCACCUUCCGCGGGCCGCCUGGCCUCGGCUGGGGCUGCAGCCGCACGACUCUUCUGCAAUGACUGCAGCAAGAUACAGGCCUACCUGGGACUUGGUACUUGACCCGUUAGUGUCCUGCAAACUCUGCCUUGGUGAAUAUCCUGUGGAGCAGAUGACAACAAUAGCACAGUGCCAAUGCAUCUUCUGUACCCUGUGCCUAAAACAGUAUGUGGAGCUUUUGAUCAAAGAAGGUCUAGAAACAGCAAUCAGUUGCCCUGAUGCUGCCUGCCCAAAGCGAGGACAUCUGCAAGAAAAUGAGAUUGAGUGCAUGGUUGCGUCAGAAAUCAUGCAAAGGUACAAGAAGCUGCAGUUUGAAAGAGAAGUGCUUUUGGAUCCAUGUCGGACUUGGUGUCCAUCCUCUACUUGCCAGGCAGUUUGCCAUCUUCAGGAAUCAAGCCCACAGGAUCCCCAGCUGGUCCAGUGCAAAGCUUGCGACAUUGAGUUCUGCUCUGCUUGCAGAUCUAAUUGGCAUCCAGGUCAAGGCUGUCAAGAGAACAUGCCAAUCUCUUUUCUUCCAGGAGAAACAAGUUCAGUUUUUAAAAUGGAAGAAGAUGAUGCCCCAAUCAAGCGCUGUCCAAAGUGUAAAGUUUACAUUGAACGAGAUGAAGGCUGUGCCCAAAUGAUGUGUAAGAACUGCAAACAUGCUUUUUGCUGGUACUGCCUGGAAUCUCUUGAUGAUGAUUUUCUCCUUAUACAUUAUGACAAAGGACCUUGUCGAAACAAGCUGGGCCACUCCAGGGCAUCAGUUAUUUGGCACAGAACGCAGGUGGUAGGAAUUUUUGCAGGAUUUGGUCUUCUGCUUUUGGUGGCCUCCCCUUUCCUUCUCCUUGCUACGCCAUUUGUUCUGUGCUGCAAGUGCAAAUGUAAUAAAGGAGAUGAUGACCCUCUACCUACCUAGACUGAGAAGAUUGGACUCAUCACAACAUGUGUUUUGAUCUUAUUGUUGCUGUUGAUGUUUCCCUCUUGCACUUACAUUGCUGUAGCCUUACUUGCCCCAUUCUGCUUUUCAUUGACACACAGUCUUAGUUCCAGGAACUGUUGUUACUGCUGUUGCAUAGAUCAAUCAAUAAUAGACAAGGAGGAUAAUGGAAGGCAAAAUUGGUGCUAAAGGGAGACCGUGGACCUGGGUAGCUAUCUGAAAUUAAGAGGUAAUAAUGCUAAAAAUAAUGCAAAAAGUUUCUGCUGCCCUGUGGUGGACUGGGAAGUGUACUGAAUGGUAUCAGCAAAACAAGCUGAAAAUGCAUACAAACCUAACCUUCUGCAUAUCUGUUCACUUCCAAAUUUGAUGUCUUCUUCCUAUAUAUAUUUAAGUUGCCGAUCAUUUAAAUCAGUCAACUUAUUGUGACUUUUACUAUGUUUACUACGCAUCUGUUUUUGUUAAAGCCAUGACAAUAUCCUUUUUAGUACCUAUUUUUUCAAGUAUAACAAAAUCGGUAAGGUGCAUAUAGGCCAUCCUAUGCCUUUCUUCAAAUUUGGGGAGGGUUAGAGGGACAAGGUAGGUCCUGUUGCCUUCCAGAAAUUUUAUGAAGUCUUAUAAGAAAUUUGUUAGAUUGACAGCUACAUUUUAAAAAUGAGUUGAUGAAGCGGUAAGGUUGAGUGGUGACACAAACCUACUGUCUAAUCACAGUUCUUUUAAAAAUGCAUUGAUGGUAUUGAUUACCGCUGGACCACUAGUGUUUUUCUGAACUGUUAUUUUUUGCUGUUGUUUAGGGUUCUGCUACACUUAUAGGGCUACAUAACUUCUAAUCCAGGUAUCUUAAUCUUUUUAUAUAGAGAGAGAUAUAUAUAAUCCUAUUUAAACCAAAUGUGUAAAUAGCUGUGCUAUUGAAAUAUUUUGGAAGCUCAAGAUAGCUUGCUUCUGUCUUUAGGGUAAUUAUUAAAAAAAAUACAGGACUAACUUUGCUAUUUAGACUCUUGGGUUAUCAAUGAACCUUUCCUUUUAGGUAUAAAAAUGUAGCAGGGUUAUCCCUGUAGUUAAUAAUAAAAAUGCCUGGGAUGUUUGUGGAAGUUGUACUUUUCCUUUUAAACUAUUUAGCCCGUUUUCAGAGUUAACAUUGUAUGAUGUAUGGUGUGUGCCGUUAAUAACAAUACUGUGAUGAAACAGUUUUUAUUUGAAAAGUAAUCACUUGAUUUGAUAGUUUUGCAGCAUUCUCAGUGCUGUGCUUCCAGGGUGGUAAAGUGUGCUAGUCAGCAUUGUAUUAAUCAUCGUUGUUUCUCUUUAGAAAUAUUUUGUUGAAAGCCAUUUUUCUGUGAUUUCAAAAGCCUACAAGGAUUUGACUAAUAACUUCUUGCCAUGAAAUAUGAAGCACCUGAAUAUGUA